UCUCCCACUCUAUCGCCCAGCGCAUAGACCGAGAGAGCUCUGGAAGGAGGAGAGUGUUCACCUCCAAAUGGCUCCUUCUUUCUCUCUCCUCCUCCUCUCUCUUUCCGUCCUCGUCUCCGCCACAGCGCCCUGCCCGGCGUCGGACAGCGCCGCCCUCAUGGCUUUCCGCUCGGCCCUCUCGGAACCCUACCUCGGGAUAUUUUCCUCCUGGACCGGCCACGACUGCUGUUCAAAAUGGUAUGGCGUCAGCUGCGACCCCGCCACCGGCCGCGUCGCCGACAUCACCCUCCGCGGCGAGUCCGAGGACCCCAUCCUCGCCCACGCCGGCCGCUCCGGCGGCAUCAUGUCCGGCCGCAUCUCCCCCGAGAUCUGCCGCCUCGACCGCCUCACCACCCUCGUCCUCGCCGACUGGAAGCAGAUCUCCGGCCCCAUCCCCCCCUGCAUCACCUCCCUUCCCCUCCUCCGCAUCCUCGAUCUCAUCGGCAACCGCCUCUCCGGUCCCCUGCCGGCUGACAUCGGCCGCCUCUCCCACCUCACCGUCCUCAACGUCGCCGACAACCAGAUCUCCGGCCAGAUCCCCGCCUCCCUCCCCUCUCUCUCCUCUCUGAUGCACCUCGAUCUCAGCAACAACCGGCUUUCCGGUCGGGUCCCUCCCAACUUCGGCGAUCUCCGCAUGCUCAGCCGCGCCCUCCUCGCCCGCAACCAGAUCUCCGGCCCUAUCCCGGCAUCGAUCUGCUCCAUGGCCCGGCUGGCCGACCUGGACCUCGCCGGUAACCGGAUCUCCGGCGAGGUCCCGGUGGCCCUGGGUUCGAUGCCGGUGCUAUCCUCUCUGUACCUGGACGGGAACCGGAUCUCCGGGCGGAUUCCUGCGGGGAUCAUCGGGAGCCGGGGUUUGGGGAUGUUGAAUUUGAGCCGGAACGCGCUCGAGGGGGAGAUACCUGACGCGUUCACACCGCGGUCCUACUUCAUGGUGCUGGACCUCUCGUACAACCGCCUCCGGGGUCACGUGCCGAGGACGCUAUCCUCGGCGGCGUAUAUCGGCCACCUGGACCUGAGCCACAACCACCUGUGUGGGCCCAUCCCCGACGGCUCCAACUUCGACCACCUGGAGGCCACCUCCUUCGCCGGCAACGACUGCCUCUGCGGCGCACCGCUCCCGGCCUGCGGCUAGGACCGCAGUUCACUGAUCAUAGCCCUCCGUUGUCGAGAUCAAUGGAGGGUGUGUGCACUUGGGUUACUCUUCUGUGUGGAAUUAUUUAUUUCGUAAUUUAUUGCAUGGUUGGGAAAUACAAGCGAGGAGGUGGUGCGAAAGAACCGUCGCAUGCGACUGGUUAAUGUUUACGCAGCGUCGGCCAAAAAAAAAAAAAAAAAGGAUGUUUGUUUUUCACGUAAUGCUAAAUUAGAAAAUUGCAGCUCAUUUGU